AUGUCUUCUGGUACUAUAGCACAAUUAAAUUCAGCAUUGGUGACAAUGUAUUCCAAUGUUCCCCAACAGGAAAAAAUGACGGCGACCCAUUAUUUGGAAGAAUUCCAAAAGUCACAACAAGCAUGGGAUAUAGUUCAUCAAAUCUUAAAUAAUGAUGAUGACAAUGCAAAUAUUCAAUUGAAAGUAUUUGCUGCCCAAACAUUACGAUCGAAAAUCAUUUAUGAUCUAUCAGCACAGUUUCCCGAAUCGAAUUUUGAAAAUUUGAAAAACUCAUUAUUGGAUAUAUUAGGUAAAUACACUGCCCCAAAUCAAAAAUUGAUCCGUACCCAAUUAUCCAUUGCAUUAUCUCAUUUUGCAUUACAAUAUUUAUCUUGGAGAAAUGCACUUUCAGAAAUUAUUAAUAAAUUGUCGUCACUGGAAACUUUAUUACCUGUUUUACUAGAGUUUUUAAAGAUCUUACCUGAAGAAUUAUCAGACGUGAAAAAGACCAAUUUAACUGAUUCCGAAUUUAAUCAAAGAACUCAAGAAUUGAUUUCUGAUAAUGUUGAACAAGUUAUGAUGAUUUUGAAAAAUUUGACAGAAUCAAAUACCAGUAACAAUGCAUCUUUAAAUUCCUCCAUUUUAGAUUGUCUAAAUGGUUGGAUUAAAGAAUGUGCUGUGGAACAAGUUUUGCAAGUAAACUCUUUGGUUUCUUUAGUAUUUCAAAGUUUAUCCAAUGAUCAAACAUUUGAAAAGGCUAUUGAAUGUUUAGUCACCAUCAUUCGUGAGACUAGAGAUAUCGAUAAUUAUGAAAUCAUUGAUGCCUUGUAUCAGCAGGUUUUACAAUUAAACAAAUAUAUGCAUGAAAAUACGCCCGAAAAAUUGGAGGAUCCAGAUUAUAUGGAUGGUUUAACUAGAUUAUACGUUGAGUGUGGUGAGUCAUGGCACGUCUUGAUUGGCAAGAACCCGGCCCAUUUUAAGCCUUUAGUAUUGAUUAUCUUAGAAUGCACAAAAUACGAGGAAGAUUUGGAUAUUGUCAAAUAUACUUUCCAAUUUUGGUAUCAAUUGAAACAAUUGAUCACAUUGCCUAAAUUCCAAGAGUCCAAAGUUGAAUUCAGUGAUAUUUAUUUACAAUUAAUCACGGUGAUCAUUAAACAUUUGACGUAUCCAAUAAGCAGUAAUGAUAAUGAUUUGUUUAACGGUGACAAAGAACAAGAAGAUAAAUUCAAAGAGUUUAGAUACGAAAUGGGUGAUGUGUUGAAAGAUUGUUGUGCAGUUGCUGGAGCCACCAAGGCAUUACAAGUACCAUUUGAACAAAUUCAAAAUAUAAUUUCCAAUUCUCAGGGGCAAUGGCAAUAUUUGGAAGCACCUUUAUUUUCAAUGAGAACCAUGGCCAAAGAAGUUCCAUUGAAAGAAAAAACCAUUUUGCCUACAAUUAUGUCUUAUUUGGUUCAAUUGCCAGAACAUCCAAAAAUUAGAUAUGCGGCUACUUUAGUUUUAGGCAGAUACACUGAAUGGACAUCCAAGCAUCCUGAAUUUUUGGAACCACAAUUGAAUUACAUUACCAAAGGGUUUGAAGUGGCUGAUAAGAAUAACGAUAUUAUUAUGGCCACAUCUCAUGCAUUGAUGUAUUUCUGCCAAGAUUGUUCUGCAUUGCUUGUCAAUUAUUUGGAGCAAUUAUACAUGUUGUACGGACAAGUGAAAGAUCAAAUGGAUUUGGAAUCAAAUUAUGAAUUAGCUGAUGGUUUAGCUCAUGUUAUUGCUAAAGUUCCUGAAGCGAACUUGUACAAGACCACAGAGAUGUUCAUUGAACCAACAAUGAAUUAUUUGACUAAGGUUUUGACAGAGACUGCAACUGAUGAAAUAAACAAAUUGAUUGCUGAUCAGAUUGAAGUUAUCAGUAUAUUUAUUGAAGUUUUAAAAUGUCCUGAUUCUGAUUGGGAAAAGCCAAAGUAUCCAGUUGCUGAUUUAUUUGUUGAUAAAAUUUGGCCAUUGACCACUCAGAUUUUAAGCAAAUUUGGAUCUUCUGUUAUUGUUAGUGAAAGAUGUAUGAAAUUGUUGAAAAAUGCCAUUAAAUCUUUUGGGUUAUUCUUGAGUGGUAUUUUACCAGAUUUAGCUAAUCUUUUGCAUCAAGGAUUACAAUCUACUCAAUUUGGGUGUUACAUUUGGGUCACCGGGGUUUUGAUUAGAGAGUUUGGUGAUGAGUAUUCCACAGAAGCCAUUAAAAAUGCCGUAUAUGAAUUUGGAUUACAACAGUCUUUGACUGUGUUUGAUUUAUUAUUUUCCAAAAAUGAACAACAAUUGAAACAAAUUCCCGAUGUCAUUGAAGACUUUUUCCAUAUGAUCAAUGAUUUAUUAAUGUUUUAUCCAUUCCAAUUGAUUCCAAAGUUUGAUAUUUUAAAGAAUAUUUUCAAAGUUGUCGACUUGACAUUAUCGUAUGUUAAUGAAUUUGAACCAAUAAUAUCAUGUAUUCAUUUUAUGAUAGAUUUGAUUUCUUGGGGGUUACCACAUCCACCAAUUUCAUUAUUUGAUAUGGGUGACACAACAUCUUUGAGGGAGGCUGUACAACAGUUUUUAUUGAUUGACAAUCAAGGAGGAGAAUUAUUGCGUGUUACUUUGAAUGGUAUUCUUUUCAAGUUCCACAAUGAUAUUCAACAGGAUGCCAAUGAUUUGAUAUUGAAAAUAUUAAUUGUGGUUCCUAAUAACGAUAUUGCCUUAGGUUGGCUUAAACAAGUGGUUGAGGCUUUACCGAAUGUCAAUGAAAAGGAAACUGGUAGAUUAUUAAAUACAGUGAAAGUGGCCUUACCUAAUAAAGACAACAGAAGAGUUAGAUCAGCAUUGAGAGAUUUUAUAAAUUGGUAUUCAAGAAGAAAUGUAACUCCUAGAUCAGAAUUUUGA